UACAGAGGUACAAUCUUAAAACAAAAACGCCAGUUUUCAGUCUAUAAAGCAAUUAGCAUUAUUGUGUGAUAUCUACACUGGUAUAUUUAAACUACAGUUCGAUAGGGCAGGAAAUUACUCAUCACAGAACGGCAACCGGCUGUUUUAUGUACGUCUGUACGUCUAUUUAAUGCGCAGUAUAAUUGAUCCGCGUAUUAAAUUGUAUAGAACAGAGUUUAUAUAGAAAUGAAUAUACUGGUAGCAUAUAACUAAAAAGAUAACGAGGUGUAGAGUUUUAAACAAGUCAAAAUGUCGGAAAAUAAAAAGAUUCCAAUCUAUGUUCUGACAUUCGGAAUGACACUCGCGUUAUCUGCUUUUCUAGGCACCAUGGACCUACAAAGCAGUAUUCACAUCUCUCACAAUCUUGGAACGAUCAGUCUCAGCAUAUUAUAUGGCUGUGGCUUAUUGAUUUGUUUAUUUGUUACUCCUCUGCUUUUGUGCAAUUUGGGGGUGAAACGAACACUUCUGCUCGGAGAAGUUGGUUUUCUUGUCUUUACAUUGGGGAAUUUCUACUCCGGUCUUGCAACGAUGAUACCUGGUUCCAUUAUCGGUUCAAUGGGUGAAAGUCUUUUCUGGCCUGCGGGUAUUUCCUACGUGAAUCACGUUUUUAAUGAAUAUCAAGAUUCAAUACCUGACGAUCAGAAGCCGCAAGAUAAUGUUAAAAACGUUUGGUUCGGUCGUUAUUUUGGAGUCGCGAAGACCAGCGUGAUUUGGGGCAACCUUCUUGCCUAUGCUGUGUUGUAUGCAGCAAGGAAAGUGGGAACUCAUUCAAUGCAUAACACUACUCUAACAGAGUUUAAUUACAAUACAUGUGGAUCUAACUUCUGUAAAGUCAGUAAAAACGCUAAAGGAAACCACGCCUAUAAUCCAAAAAGCAAAACUUCGGUUUACAUUUUAUUGGGUGUCUAUGCUGCAAUGCAACUUUUUGCUCUUUUGUUGCAUUUCCUUUGCUUACCUGCAGUCGAAAGGACGCGCGAUGGAAAAACCGAGACCCAGCUUUCAGUUAAUACCACUAAAGAAACUUUGUCAUCCCUUGGGCGACAUCUUUGUUCAACAAAACAAUUGUUGUUGGCUCCGAUGUGCUUUUAUUUCGGAUUCUUUGUUUCCUAUGCGUUUUCAGAUUUCACCAGAGCGUUCGUAUCAUGCACGAUGGGAGUUGAGAAGGUUGGGUUGGUAAUGGCAGUAUACGGUGUUUUCAAUGCUACAAUGUCGUUUAUAUCAACAAAGGCAUCGCAGAACUUCGGGUUGGCAACUGUUAUCUGCGUUAUUGGCGUAUUUGAUCUUUCAAGUUAUCUUGUUCAGUUGACAUUUCAACCCACAUCAAGCUCAAAGUAUUGGGUGUACGCAAUAGCCGCUAUGUUGGGAACAUCAGACGGAACUUGGCAGCCCACGAUAUCACUGACUGUGGCGCUUAACUUUCCUGUGGGUACCGAGCUUGCAUUCGGGACAAUCACUUUAUGGCAAAUAUCUGCAAUGACUAUAGGUUUCAUACUAAGCGGUAGAAUCUGUUUAAGUAUUCGAAUUUAUUUGCUGAUUGGAAACCUCGUAUUGGCUUGCAUUGGAUACACAAUCGUAGAAAGACAGCGAAGAAAUGCAAAGAUUACAGAAGAAACUGAGCUAUUAAACGGCGAAAAUGACACAAGAUCCAGGUAGAAUUUUUGCAUUUCAACCAUCGUAAUAAAAGCAUUUGCACAUUUUUGUUUUUUAUGUAAACAUCUGCUAUGUCGGUUGCCAAUUUAUCGUUUAUGUUUCUUAGUCGUUGGCUUAUGAGAAAAUGUCACACUGGUGACACUUCUUUAUUUAAACUGGGUUUACCACACGACUUAAUUAUAGCUGAACUGGUUAUGUAUGCUAUAAUUGUACACCUAUGUUCCCGGUGUAAAUUAACUUUGUGUUUUCAAAUGUGUUCUUGAGACGACUAACUAUAUAUAUACAAAACUGGAAAUAUAGUACUGUGGGGUAAGAUGGACACUUGUUUGUACAUAAAUCAUAUAUUUCCUGUUCGUAUUUUGAAAAUAACAGCGCCAUUUCAGAGUCGCGAGGCUAGGGUUAUGUCUUUAUGUAAAUAUUUUUUGUUAAUUACCAAAUGGGACGAGGAAAGGGAACGAAAUCAUGUCCUAUUUUACCCCACCUUAUUAUACUAUAUUCAAUACCUAGUAGACGUAAAAAUGCACUUUUAUUUGUUCUUCGUAAACAGGAUGUCGACUUUCGAAUGCAUUUUGAUGUUUUAUUUCUCAUAGUGGUAUUUGUACGAAUAAACAAAUAUACAAAGUUC